AUUAUCGAUUUAUGGCGACCCACGAGAAUAAAAUUUACUGUUUUAUAUAGUAUUUACUUACCGGCUACUGGUUACAUUAAUUAUUCAGUGAAUCAAAUGCCAUCAUUAAAUUGUGCCAUUGCUACCCUUAUAGUCUAUACACAAAUCAAAGUAUUGCGUACAACGCAAUCUCAAAAAAAUAUACUGUAAACAUUAAAUCACUUUUUAAUAUCUAUAACUGUUGCCUGUUUGUCUGUUAGUUAUUAUUUCCAAGUCAUAACUCUCAACGUUAAGUCUUUUACAAUUUAUUAUCAAACCCCGGGCAACGAGACAUAUUCAUACUUUAGUUAAGUUGUGAUUGUAAUUACUAGACAUGUCCUCCAUAGUAAAUGCGGAGCAAACAAGUGCUACUGAUGAAUCUGCAAUCAACACUAACGUUGAUGAAAAUGAUGCUGAUAUUGAUGCAAGUGAAAGUAUAUCAACAACAACAGGAAAUACAGGAGUUUCUUCUACAACUCCUGAAAUUAAAACACAAGAUAUAUGCAUAGCAGAAGGAUGCAAUAAUGCAGCUAUUCAACAUCCCGAGUGGGAUAAUGAAUAUUGUAGUGUUAGUUGCACUUACAAGCAUUGCAAAGCUACAUUUAUAGCUUGGCUAGAAAACAAUAAAACAGCAAAAGCAAAACCAGUAUCAGUACUUGUGUUUCAAGAAAAUUCAGUUGUCAAACAAGAAAAUGAAGAACUAGAAACAUGUUCAACGACUUCAUAAAAUGAAGUUGCAUUUCUUCAUUGAUAUAACAUUUUUUGUAAAUAAAACAAUUAUUUAUACCA